AUGCCCGGACUUAAGCUCAAUGGCGCAUCAGCAAUAGUAACAGGUGCAGGAUCUGGCAUCAACUUGGCCUUCGCAAAAACUCUCGUUGAGAAAGGUUGCAAUGUCUUGAUUGCCGACAUUGGCCUUCGACCCGAAGCACAAGCAUUGAUCGACUCGGUGAACACACAGAAGUCUGGUGCAAAGGUCGUCUUCCAGCGGACGGAUGUCACCGAUUGGGCGCAGCUCGAGGAAACCUUUGAUCGUGUCGAGAAGGAGUUUGAGACAGUCCCUGAUCUUCUAAUUCUCCCGGAAUUUCAACAGCCAGGGACCGGGUUUUGGGGUGAUAAGGAUAGCGGCUCUCGCUACAAGGUUAUCGAUGUCAACCUGAUCCAUCCCAUGAAGAUGACCAGAAUCGCAAUCCGUCGAAUGCUGCGCGCCAAAAAGACAGGCGUGAUUCUCCAUGUUGCCAGCGUUGCCGCAGAGACCCUUAGUGUGAUCACACCCCUUUACCAAGCGUCGAAACAUGGCAUUGGGAGCUUCGUCAUGGGUAUGAGUGGGUUAGAAGGACUUUGCGGUAUUCGCGUACUGGGGGUAGCACCAGGGUCCAUCAAAACACCACUUCUGUUGGAAGAUCCCAAAGUUUCCAAGUGGAUCGAUCCUACCAAAGACAAACUGCUCGAUCCCAGCGUCAUCGCUCAAGCUCUACUCGCAUUGGCCGAGAAUGUUAAUGACAAGUAUCCCCCCGGCACGCUUCUGGAGGUCACGGAAGAGAGCGAGGAGUUAUGGCGGAGCAUUCCCCUCUACAACAAUCCUGGGCCCCCAAGGUUAAAUUUGGCCAGCAAUAAGGAUAGUGCCCUCACGACUAUCAAACAGAUGCUGGAGGAAGAAAAAGGGGAGAGAUAA